UCCUCUCUCUCACUCUUCCCCUCCCUCCCUCCCUCUCUCUCUCUCUCUCUAGCUCUUCCCCUCCCUCCCUCCCUCUCUCUCUCUAGAAAACACAUAGAAACUAAACAAAAACCCAUUUCAAAUCUCCAAACUCCAUAACCGACUCACAACCCAAAACCUCAAAGCUCGAAGCUUUUUAAUGGGGUUCCCAGUUGGGUACACACAGCUUCUGCUCCCAAAGCUCUUCAUCCAAACACUCUCUCUGCUGGGUCUAAUCCAAAAACUCAUCUCCGCCUUCGUCUCCCUGCUGGGUCUCCAAUAUUUCAUCGAACAGGACAAUGCCUGGUCCGACCCGCCGGCCAGAUUCCCGGAGUUCUACUCCGUCUCCGCGGUUCUGAUCCGGGAAAUCCUGCCGCUGGCGAAGUUCUCGGACCUGGUGGACCCGCCGGAGUCGUGCGCCGUGUGCCUGUACGAGUUCGAGGGCGAGGACGAGAUACGACGGCUCACGAAUUGUCGUCACGUCUUCCACAAAGGGUGCGUGGACCGGUGGGUCGGGUACGACCAGAAGACGUGCCCGCUGUGUCGUACGCCGUUCAUAUCGGAGGAUAUGCAGGGCGAUUUCAAUGAGAGGCUUUGGGCCGCUACUGGGAUCCCUGAUUUUUACGGUGAUUAUUCUCACACUAAUCUUGGCUUUGAAUUGUAGCACUACUAAUUCAAAGGUCUUUUACUUUCUUUUUACUUCAAAGAAAAGAAAAAUUGAGAAGAAGAGUAUGAGAAUCGAACUCUCGAUUUUGGUGCGAAAGGUGGAGUGGACCUCGCCGUCGUGGUCGUCGGUGAAACAGAAGAAUCCAACUUUUGUCGUGAAUGUAGUGCCUAAGAUUCUACUACGGAGUUUGUAAAAUGUGUAAAUACACGAUAUUGUUGGAUAAAAGAAAAUUGAGAAUUGAGUGACAAAUGAGAUGAUCUUGUAUAGUUUUUUUCUUUCUUUCUUGAGAAUUUUAACGAAAA